CGAGCUCAUAACGGAGCUCAUAGCGGACUGGCCUUUUCUUCUCUCCUCUACGCUGACCCGAUGGUGUUCAGAUCCCCGCUAGAGCUCUUUCCCGCCCAUUUCCUCCUGCCCGGCAUGCUAUUACCGGAGGAACCCCCUGCUUGCGCACCUGCCUCUGCUCUCCCUGGGUUCCGUUUCUCCGCGGCGCAGGUGGCCGGUGUGUGUGAGACUUUGGAGGAGACCGGGGACGUCGAGCGGCUCGCGCGGUUUCUGUGGUCCCUGCCGGUGGCCCCAGGUGGCGCGUGCUUCAUUACAGAGCAUGAGUCCGUCCGGAGGGCGCGUGCCGUGGUCGCCUUUCACACCGGGAACUACCGCGAACUCUAUUGCAUCCUGGAGAACCACAGCUUUAUGCGCCGCGCCUCGCACGGUAAACUACAGGCCAUGUGGCUCGAGGCGCACUACCGGGAGGCUGAGAGGCUGCGCGGGCGGUCGUUGGGCCCGGUGGACAAGUACCGUAUCAGGAAGAAGUUCCCUUUACCAAGAACUAUCUGGGACGGCGAGACAAACUCACACUGCUUCAAGGAGCGGACGCGGGGCCUGCUGAGGGAACGGUACCUCCAGGACCCUUACCCAGACCCCGCGAGGAAAAGGGAGCUGGCGCGCGCCACCGGGCUCACUCCAACACAGGUCGGGAACUGGUUCAAGAACCGGAGACAGAGAGACCGCGCAGCCGCCAACAAGAACAGGCUCGCGCACCACGGGAUGCGACCCGGAGCCAUGCUCGCUCUGGCCAGGACAGAAUGCAGCCCCACCGGAAGUGCAUGCAGCCCGGAGAUGAUCCUCUCGGUAAUGGACAGCGACUCUGACUUUGACAUCUGAAACUGCCCAUUGAUAACGGGAUACAUGCUACUAAGGGGCUUGGAUUUCACGGAGAAUUCAUAUGGACAUAUUUAUUUUUAUGUUAUAAGAGUUUGCUGUCUGAAAUAGACCUACAUGAUAUUUACAAUGUGCAAAACAUCCAUCUCUCUUUCUCUCUCUCUUUCUCUUCUCUCUCUCUCUCUUUCUCUCUCUCUUUCUCUUCUGAUGCUUUUCUGACAAUCAUGGUGUUUAGUGCACCUUCCCAGUCUGUCUGUCUGUAAAUACAUUAUUCACCUGAUGUCAGGAAAAUUGUACAGAUGGUCCUUUGAAGCACUGUAAAGGCCUGUUUGUUGGUUUAUAAUUGACAAAUAAGUACUUUAUGAAAAUAAAUGUGAAGUUGAUAAUU